AUGCAUUUCGCUACCGCCGCCCUCGUGACGUUGGUUUCACUUGUGACCCUUUCGGCAGCCAAGCAGAACUGCCCUCUUUAUGGCCCCUUGCUUCCUCGGCCGACAAACCUCUCAAAGAGUCCAGUGAUCGCCAGCGUGGCCAAGACUCUGGACGACGUCUUUUUCAAGAACAUCGACAAUGAUACCAGCACCGGCUCGCAAUACUUCUCGUAUGCUGUGGAGGUAUUUACUGGCAGUGAGAGCUUGCCAUUAUGGUCUCGUUAUUGGACAGCUCCAAACCUGAAUACGUUCAACAACAGUGGCGUUACCAAAGUGGAUGGCAACACCGUCUUCCGGAUUGGCAGCGUCACAAAGAUUUUCACGGUACUUACCUUUUUGGCGACGGUGGGAGACGGGAUCUGGAACGACCCGAUUACAAAGCAUCUACCAGAGAUAGCGGAAAUCGCCAACAAUGCCUCCAGUUCGCCCAUAUUUAGGCCUGAUUGGGAGUCCAUCACAGUCGAUGCCUUGCUCGGCGAGCUCAGCUACCAAAUCAACAUGACCACCCUGCACAAUUUGGGCUUCCCUCCUCUGCCCAACGGCACGUUCCCGCCCUGUGGUACCAACCCGACUUGUGAUCGGAAACAGCUAUUUGAGGGGUUGGCAAAACUGCCGCCGUCAUUCGCGCCCUACACAACGCCGGCCUAUUCCGAUCUUGGUUUCGUGUUGCUGUCAUUCGUGGCGGAACGUAUUACGGGCAAAACGUUCAAGACUCUGGUCACGGACGCCGUGUUGACGCCCCUGGGUCUUGAGCACACGUUCUAUGACGAGCCGGUUGAGUCUGUCAGCAUCAUCCCAGGAACAAAGCGGAAGACGACAUGGGGGGCGGAGCUCGGCGAGGAAAAAGCGACCGGCAACAUGUACACCUCGACAGGUGACAUGUCAUCACUUGGCCGUGCUAUACUGAGAUCAUCCCUGAUCAAACCGGCCAUGACCAGGCGAUGGUUAAAGCCGACAUCGUUCAGCUCGGACCCGAAAGCGGCGGUCGGCAUGCCAUGGGGCAUCCGGCGGAUCGAGCUACAGAAAAACCAAACCUACCAGUUCGUGCACACCUUCAACAAAAUUGGCAGCAUCGGCUCCUACAGCUCCCUCUUCGCGCUCAUCCCCGAACUCGACAUCGGCAUCAGCGUGCUCGCAGCCGGCGACGCACCCGCGGGCAUCACCAACGCCAUCGCCGAGACCCUCACCAACACCUACAUCCCCACCCUCUCGUACAUCGCGCGAGCCCAAGCGAGCCUCACCUUUGCCGGCCACUACCGGCACGCCAGCCUCGCACCCCCAAACAACACCACCACCACCACACCCCGCCCCGCCCCCUACACCAACACCACCAUCCACACCAACACCACCAUCCACACCAACACCACCACCCUGACCCCACCCCUCAACUCUUCUCUCACCAUCACCGUCGACGCCACCGCCCCCGGCCUCAACGUCACGCACUGGCUGUCCAACGGCACGGACAUGUCGCUCCUCACCGUGGCGCUAGCCAGCAACAUCUCCUCGUCCCUCUUCCCCUACUUAAAACCCUCCGUGCGCUUAUACCCGGCCGGGCUGGAGGAGGCGCGGCCCGACGGGGGGCGGCGCGUGGCGUUCAAGGCGACGUUUGAGGAGGCGAGUGGGGAGGAUCGUGAGGGCGGGGUGUUUGUGACGGAUUGUGCGACGUGGGUGGGGGUGACGGCUGUGGUGUAUGGGUCGGUGCCGGUGGAUUUGUUUGUGUUCGAGGUGGAUGGGAUGGGGAGGGUGGAGGCGGUGGUGAAUGAGGGGUUGAGGGUGCGGUUGGAGAAGGUUAGUUAG